UUCUGGAAUGCAGUCCCUUUCCACCGUUCGCGAGAGUCGAACGCGCGCCGCCACCGUGUUAGUCACUGUCGCACGCCAGUUCACUCGUCCGUCUUCGCACGCGCGGUAAGCGGUUCCGUUUUCUUCCUCCACGGUUCGGCCGUCGUCUCGUCAAGACCGUCCGAUUGUUACGUCCCCAUCGUCGUUCGUCGACGUAUUAGUUAUUUUUUCGGCCUUUUUUUUUCUGUUUUUUCCCGCCGUCUACUUCUCUUAUCGCCCACCCGCGCACGCAUCGGCGACGACGUCCGGAGAGCGCCGCGGCUGAACGCCGUACGAUCGGCUUGUACGGUGAAAUAUUAUGUCAAUCGAUUCCGAACGUUCAUCGUCCGCUGCAGCAGCAGAAGAAGAAUCUCGUCGACCGUCGUGCUAGACCCGAGACUGUGCCAUCACCAAGUCAAGUUAAUCAAAUGAACGAGCAUGAUGAAACGAUUGAAGACGAUAAUUUUUUAUGCGGUCAUCACUGCUGCCGUCACCGGGGUCUCGCCCAACCAGCAAUCGUUCACGGUCGAACCCGAGGACCUGAGCGUGGUCGUGGACACCACGGCGUCGCUGCCCUGUAGAGUGGCCGAUCUGGCCGGUCAGCUGCAAUGGACCAAGGACGAUUUCGCGCUGGGCACCAACAGGAACCUUUCCUACCACGGUUACCCGAGAUACACGAUGACCGGCAGCGAUUCCAUUGGCGAAUACAAUUUGAAUUUGAAUCCGGUAACUUUGGACGACGACGGCGUGUACCAGUGUCAGGUGGGUACUGGUAAACGCGACGAGCCGGCCAUCAGAUCGCGGAAAGCCACGCUCACCGUGCUGGUGCCGCCCGACCGUCCGCGGAUCGUGCCCGCCGAGUCCAUCACAGUCACGGAGAACGUACCGCUGGAGCUGGAGUGUAUAUCGGACGGAGGAAAACCACCGGCAGUGAUCACCUGGACCGAUGGUACCGGCGCCCCGAUCGUGGACGUUGUCAAGACGUACAUCGAGGUUAUGGCGGCCGACAGCAAACGGUUUACCACCAGGUCCGUGUUGAAAUUCGUACCGAAAAUGGAACACCACAACACGUCAAUUUGGUGUCAGGCGCACAACUCGGCCAUCGACAAAAAGUUACAAACGAAAAUCCAUUUGCAUGUCAAAUUCGCUCCGAAGAUAUCCCUGACCGUCGCCGGUCCCACGAGGAAAUUGGUCGAAGGGAUGGACGUGCAGUUCCUGUGCUUGACCAAAGCCAACCCACCGGAAGUCACCUACCGUUGGUUCGUCAACGAUCAGUUCGCGUCGGGCGAAGUGACGUCCGAGUUGUGGCUGAUAAACAUUACCAGACGGCUACACAACUCGUUGGUGCGAUGCGAAGCCCAGAACAGCGUCAAUAAAACCGAAGAGUCCAAAGCGCUGAGCAUACUGUACAAACCUCAAUUCAGAAAUCGACCGAGAAACGUGCAAGCAAAUUCCGGAACCCAUGUGUCGAUCAUGUGCGACAUAGACAGUAACCCACCCGCUUCUAUCGAAUGGACGUUCGAGAGGACCAAAAAGGUGGUGAGCACGACCAGCAAUUUGACGGUGCUCGUCUCGGCUUCGACCGCGGGCCGUUACCACUGUAGAGCGUCUGCCCCAGGAUUCGACGACGUGAACGCCGAGGUGACGGUGUUCAUGAAAAGGGCUCCGUCCAUCAGCAGCCCUAGCACGCAGCACGGCACGAUUACCGACACGGUGCGGCUGGAGUGCGUCGCCUCGUCCGUGCCCGUCGCCGACCGCAUAGUGUGGACUUACCACGGCACGGUCAUCGGCACCAGGAACGAUCAAAGCUAUUAUUCCGUACUGGAAGACCCGACGGACGACGGCAUCAAGAGCACGCUGAUCAUCAGAAACUCGCGGUAUGAGCAGUUCGGCGUGUACAACUGCACGGCUUCCAAUGACUACGGGUCCGACUCGAUCGAAAUCACGCUGGUGCCAAGAAGAGAUUUUAUGCUGAUCCUGGCGAUCGUGGGAGCCGUGGGCGGAAUCAUCGUCAUGUUGUUGAUUUUAUUCGUCGUCGGGUUCUGUCGCCGUUCCACGACACAGAAAAAGAAAAAACCGAACACGGAUUUCGACGGUGCCGAAUCGGACACGGACAACAAGCAGAGCGCUGGCGCCAAGGAAUCGGACGCGUCGUCGAACGUGUCGGACAUCAAAAUGGAAACGGGCACUGGGUCGUCGCUGAGCAACUACCGGUACAAGAUCGACUACGGCGGCAGCACCGGCGGCCCAGACUCGUUGACCAUCAACACGGCGAUCGACGACCCGCUGCAGCGGUCGACCACCCCGAAGAGCGGCGGUGGCGGCGGCGGCGGCAGCCAGACAACCCUUCCCCGGGGCGGUGGCAUACCCCUGGCCGGCCCUGUCCCGGUGGACCCGCGUUACGCCACGGCCGCCGUCAACUAUCUCGGCACCAACCAGAACAACGCCAUGCACCACCCGCCGUCCAACGGCGGCACCAUCAACGAUUACACGGACCCACUCAACUACGUCAGAUACAACAACGCCGACCGGCCGACCAGCAGCAACGGUUAUAUAACCGCGGACCGGUUGUACGAUCUCAACCCGAUGCCAUCGCUGACGAUGAUCACGUCGUCGGCGUCGACGCACUCGCUGAAGCCGUCGUCAGACCCGUCGGCCAUCAUCGGUCCGGCCGCCAGGAACGGCGGCGACCCGGCCACGUUGCUCCAGUACUCGGCCACGUACGGCAACCCGUACCUGCGGUCCAACCCGGCGCAGUGGCACCAGCAGCAGCAGCAACAGCAGCCCUUGCAGAAGUACGACGUGUACGGGCGCCCGGAGCCGCCGCCCUACAGUGCGGUCAAGAACAAGCGGAAGACCGUGGCCGCGGCUGCGCCCCCGCCCGUCGGACCCAACUAUCACAUAGCCAUGGCCAAGCGGCAGGCGCUGGCCACGCACGUGUAAUGGCCGCCGCCUGAACACGGCCCUCCGCUCCCUCCCCACCGGGGAACAAAGGCUGAUAUAAUAUUUGUAGUGUUUUAUCGAUACGCUAUUUGGACAACCGUAGUAAACACAUACAAUAGGCAUAGUAGUACCCAUAAAGCAUCGUAACAGGAUACAACAGACCGUUUUUUUUUUUAACGUUCGCAUAGAUACCGGAGUAGUUCGACAUAUGCGCGUGCCACGUGUAAAAUAACGUGUGAUCAUUUCGAAACGAAUUUUACAUACUCUCAUAUCGUGCACACUUCUACAAGUCAAAAGUUUAACCCUUUUCACGGAUUACCGAACUGGACAGGUAUACUACUUAACGGAUGUUCGUUAAAAGGGGGAAAUAAUAUGCCAAUCUUUCGCAAAACUUUCGCACGGUAAAAUCGUACGGAAAACAAAACUCAUUUCAAAUAUCAUACACACAGAAAAACAGUAGAGCAAAAAACAAAAAUAUAGAAGCCUUUAACGAUGUAAAUAAUGUAAAAUAAUACACGUAUAUUAUGAUAUGAUAUACGUCUUGAAGACUGCAGCAGUGCUUUCAGAUCGAUCUGUUUUCGGUUACGACGAAUAAACAUACGCGUGUAACCCCUCUCACGGGUAACCGACGUAGUGUUUCGUAUCAUAAACACGUUCCGUUUAUUCUCUUACGGAAUUCCCUCCUCGUCCCGUAUUCGCACAGGUAUUUUUGAAGGCUGAGAGAAUCCUUUGUCGGAAAUAUUAGUUGCAAAACCAGACGCGAGAAAAUGCAGUUGAUACAUAGGUGUGAUGUGCGGAUACGGCCAGCCCUAUCCUCCCGUCUGUAGGCGAAAUCGUGUCGAACCCCCGACAUACUGCAUUGUAUUGUAUUUUUAUUUUUUAUUAUUCAUUUAGUUCUUAGUCGAAUGGGAAUGCGAUUAGCGUAUCUUUCCGUUUCUUUUUGUACAUAAAUAUCGCCGACGAAAACGCGUUGGACACUAUUAUUAGUCCUCCGAGAAUAUUAUUUUGUUUUUAGUCCUUAUUAUUGUUCUA